AUGGACAGGAGAAACAGCAGCAGCAGCAAGAGGUGGAGGAGCUGCAGCAGCAACGGUAGGAACAACGGCAGCAGCAGCAAACAGCAGCAGCAGCAAAAAGCAGCAGCAACAACAGCAACAGCUGCAGCAGCAACAGCUGCAGCAGCACAAGCAGCAGCAGCAGCAGCAGCAGCAGCAACAGCAGCAGGAACAGCAAAACAGCUGCAGCAGCAGCAACAAUAA